GCUCAUGUUGUUGCGAGCGUUCGACCAGUUGUUGAAAAGUUGUGGUUGUCAAAAGAAGUGUUGGGCGUUAUUUUGAAUAGGAACUCGGGCUUUCAAGUGUAAUAUUGAAACGGAAGAAGAACCGAGAUACGGUUUUUUUUUACGAAAAAAAGUGGAAUAGUUUAAUUGCCAUAGAAAGUGUUUAUUUUGCGGUGAUCCACAAAUUUAGAGAAUAGGCCUGAUAAAGCCUCUAACGCAGCAAACAUGUAUUCCAAGUACACAAUCUACGCCUUUAUGGCUUUGGCGCUAGUUAUGAGCGCCAUGGCGGCCGAGAUGAAAACGGAAGCUAUUAUGGAGGAUUCCACUCAGUCACCUGUCGCCGAUUUCGCGGUUAUUGACUCUGAACUCAAAGCCUCAACUGAACGUCCACCAAUCGCAGCCAUGACACCCGAAAAGGCAACGCCAGCCUUAAAGAGUGAGCAGCCACAAAAUGUGCAGCCUCACACCGUCGCAGACUUUAUUAUUCAUCCUUUGAUUGCUUUCAAACCACGUGCACCAGAAGAAGACGCGGCUGGUAAGCAAGCCGGCGGUGCUUCGUCGACGACACCUUCUCCCUGGACACUAUUCGGCUUCAAUGCCGGUCAAGGUUUGGGUUCAUCGGUCUCGAAUUCAGUCUCGUCUCUGGCUGGAUCCGUCAGUGGUUGGUUGACCGAUCGCAUACAAUUGCCUGGUUUGGUUGAAUCGCCUGUACGUGAGUCAACUACUACCAGCACGAGUACUACAACAACCACUACACAACGUCCCGAUGUAGUGGUGCGUGUGCAACAUAGAGGUUCGACUCGUCGGCCACUUAUUUCCAUCACCAAUGGCAACCGUCCACAACGUUUCCACAACAACAAUAGGUUGACUUCCCUGUCGAACGAAGACGAUGAUGAUGAUGAUUUCGAUGAUGAUGAGUUUGAGCAAGCUAACAAGAAAAAGAACAAACGUAAAAACAACAACAAAAACCAGAAAAACAAACGUAAGCCAAAUCGUGAUGAAGAAGAUAUCGAUGAUGAAGAAGAAGAGGAAAUUGUACGUCCAGUACGUCGUCAACAACAAAAACGUCCACAACAAAAUCGUCGCCGCCGUCCAGUCGUAAUUGAUGAUUUCUCGGAAGAAGAGGAGUAUGACGAUGAUGGCUCUGUUGAAAAUGACGAUGAAGAAGAACUGGAAGAGGAUGAAGAUCGCCCACGCCAGCAACAACAACGACGCCGCAUAAAUGUUGGCAACCAACGCUUCGUUGUGCGCCGUGUACAAAAUCCCGCUGAAAGCGAAGAGGUCGAAGAAGAUAAUGUUGAUCAGAAGUUCUACUAUGGCAGCCAGAGUGGUCGCCCCUCAACGAAACGUUCUCAAAGUGAAGCAAAUUUUUUUCAGCGUGGCCAAGAAAACAUAAUAAACCAGCUACGUCAGCUGACCGGCGGUCGUACACCCGCAGAAGUUGGCGCUUUAGUACGUAAGACCGCCCAGCAGUCGGGCAAUGCACAGAAGCGACGUCAACAAACGACCCUCUUUGUUAAUCGCAAUGGACAAACUGUAUACUUAGCGCCUGAACUUUUGAAUGCCGACUUCCAACUGGUUAAUCCACAAGUGCAAUACCUCAAACAAGGAGCUACUAAAUUCCCACAACCACCCUUGAGUGCACCAGUUAAGCGCAAGAAUGCACCAACACAAUACAUAACCAUACCUUGGUCCCAAUUGGGCAUUUCACCACCCGAUCAAUUGCAUUCAGUAACCGAAGGUAUACAAACCCAACCACUUAUCCUUAAUAUCCCAGCCAGCGCUCUUCAAACAAUGGAGAAGCAAAGCCUCACACGAAAGAAGCAACCCGUCCUCACCGCCGAAGCUGUGCCACUCUUGGCUGAAGCAUCUAUAAUGGAUAUUUUCAAACCACCAAAAAUUCCAAACGAUCGUCAUACCACUGAUUCGGCAACUCAAACAGCCAUCACAGUUGGUCGGCCCAUCAUCAUAGCGUCUCAAAUAAAACCAAGCGCUGAAAACACUGCCACACACGCCAUACUGCCACAACGCAUACGUCCAGGCACCGUCGUCGAGAAGGCACCCAGCAGCGCUGAUAGUCCACAAGAAGCUUCCGAAGAAGCAGCUGCACAAGAAUCUGUGCGUAAUCUUGAAAAUGAAUAUAUAUUCGUCGGCGAGGAUAACAAACCGGGUGUGACACGUCAUGUGAAACCCGCAUAUGGUGAACCGCGUUAUGUCUACGGAUAUAACGGACGUUAUGCUUUACGCAGAGCUGGACGUGAACUCGAAAUACCCGAAGCUGGUGAAUCGAAUGUCAACAGCCAACUGCAGCCCGUAAAUGGUGAACAAUUGAUACCAGUGGAAAUUAUCAGUGAACCAGAAGUGACGACACAACCACAGCAGGAUGCAGUGGCGGCACUGCCAAUUGUUGAGCCAGCUGUGGAACCAGUUGUAGAACCAGCUGUAGAACCAGCUGUGGAACCAGUUGUGGAAUCUGCUGUAGAACCAAUUGUGGAGCCAGUUGUAGAACCAGCUGUAGAACUAGCUAUGGAACCAGUUGUGGAAUCUGCUGUAGAACCAGUUGUGGCACCACAAUCUAAGUUGCAUGACGUACAAGCCGAACCACUCAUAGAAGUUCAACAACAAUCGGUUGAGGAUGUUUUGCCAGCGAAUGUGCCAGUUGAAGAGAAUAAGGGUAACGAACCUGUAGAGGCUGCGUAAAUGAUUGGGCAGUCGAAAGACUAAAUUAGCUAGGAGAUUUCAUAAAUAUAAGUUUAAUUGAUAGUGUCUAAUUUAUUUCCAUAAAAACAAAACGAAGACAAAUAAAUUAUUUAUUUAAUAAAAUACAA